AUGAAAUUUGUAGCACUGAUAUCAGGGGGGAAAGAUUCAUGCUACAAUAUCCUCCAUUGCUUGAAGCAGGGACAUGAGCUUGCAGCACUGGGCAACUUAUACCCAGAGUCGCGAGUCCAGGAAUUGGAUUCAUUUAUGUUCCAGACCAUAGGGUUCGAUAUCGUGCAAUUCUAUGAACGGUGUUGUGGGGUUCCGUUGUUCACACACACUAUUUCCUUGGGAGGCUCCAAGAACGUGUCCAUGAACUACAUCAAGACAAAAGACGAUGAAAUCGAAGAUCUGUACCAGUUGCUGUCAAAGGUCAAAACGGCAAUCCCAACACUGGAGGCAGUCAGUGUCGGCGCAAUACUGUCCUCCUACCAGAGGAACAGAGUUGAAAAUGUUUGCAUUAGACUAGGGUUACAGGUGCUGUCGUAUCUGUGGCAAAGGGAUCAAGGCGAGUUGAUGGAUGAAAUGUGCUCCAUGUCCAGAGAUGUGCUAGAGGAGGGAUACUGCGGGAAACUGGAUGCGCGGUUGAUCAAAGUCGCCGCAAUUGGGUUAGAUGAAUCCCAUCUGCUGAAAUCACUGCCCCAGAUAAACCCAGUCAUGAAGAAACUGAAUAAGAUGUACGAUGUCAAUAUAUGCGGCGAGGGAGGGGAGUUCGAGACCAUGGUGUUCGAUGCACCUUUCUUCAAAAAUGGAUUCUUGAAGAUAGUGAAUUCCAAAAAUACGACAGAGGACAACGGUGGUGUUUGCAAUGCCUUAAUAAAGGUAGAAUUCACGGAAAGAAAGUUACCAGAUACUUUCCUACAAAACGAAUUACAGAGGCUGCCCCAACCGUUGUUAUUUGAUGAGAAAUGGUCAGCUCUAUUGCAAUGUGUUGAGCAGAUGGAUGUGUGCAAGUCGGUCGAAAAAGAGAAGCUGUCGCCCUCACCCCGCUCACAAACGGUAGAUUCAUGUAACGUCGCCGAUGCGGGGGGUCUCCUGUUUAUUUCGAACAUUACGUCCCGAAAAGUUGGUGAAGACACGACAAUUGAAGAGCAAACGAGGGACAUUUUUGCUCAAGUAGAUGAUAUCUUAUCAGCCAAACAACUGUACCCAUCACAAACGAUCUCCUCCUCUUUGAUACUUUCAGAUAUGACCACUUUUGCUCGGGUCAACCACAUUUAUAAUAGUUGGUUCAGUACGGAAAAGUGGGGAUCACUACCACCGUCGCGAGCCUGUGUCGGAUCUUCCGCAUUACCAUCUGGCAUACUACUACAACUUUCUCUGGUCAUCGACCAAACGCGCGACACUGUCGUCGAUGCGGACAACGGUGCCAAAAUCAACCAGAACAAAGACGGGCUACAUGUCCAAGGCAUUUCAUAUUGGGCACCUUGUAAUAUUGGUCCCUAUUCGCAAGCUACAUGGCUGGAGUCCGACCAGGAUAAUAGGGUGGCAAGAAUCAGUGGGCAAAUUGCAUUGAUACCUUCAAGCAUGGAGUUACUCCGAAUGGACAAGGCUGCCGAACAAUCUGUUCUUGCUUUACGCCACUUUGAUAGCGUAAAAUCAGCCAUAGAUUCCAAAAGACAACUGUCAAUGAUUUGCUUUGUCACCAAGAGCGAGAUGAUAGACAUUGUUAGAAAGACGUGGUCUCUGUAUUGCUCUGAAAUGGGCUACGAAUCCGAACUUUGGACCAACAAGCCGGAUGAUGACGAAACUUGUUUAAUCGUCGUUAAAGUAUCCCAGUUACCAAGAAGCGCUCUAUGCGAGUGGUCUGGUAUUUGCUGUAAGAACACAGAAGCUUUCCAUGCUGACGAGGAGGACGAAGAGGAGGACGAAGAAAAGAGCGAGACUAAACUAAGUGGCAGCUUUGCACAACUCAAUCUAAAUGCAACGAGUAUGCACAAUAUCCUGGUGCAAAGGGGGAGACGAAACAACUGUAAUUUCAUAACAGGGUUCACAAACGUGGAGGAAGAUUUGGUGAAGAUGCUGGAUGGUGCGGAGGGUUCUCAUAUUGUACUGUACUAUAACCCAUCGUCCAUUUCCGUCGAGAAAGUAGCAGAAUACCACAAUGUGGAACUAUACCCGGUUCAGAACAUUUAUAGUGUCCAGGGACAACCAUUCAAGUAUGCAUUUCACGUAGAACAGUAUUAA